AUGGCUUCAAAGACACAAAGCAAUGAACCAGAAACACAACUGGUAGAGGACGAAGCUCCAUUGGAAUUAAAAGACGGGUUAGGAACAAGUCUGAUACCCGAACAAGCUGUCUGUGUCGCAGACAAACAAGAGGACCAAUGGAGUGUAGGUAGUUUGGAGUCACAAGGAUAACAGCUCGACCUCGAACAAGAAAGGCUGUCUCGGCGAGCCUGGAGAACCUCAGAAAGAAACGAAAUCGUGCAGGUGAGGCUGUGAAAGCCAGAAUUAGUCGUAUAGACCAAUUAUUGCUAGAACAAUGUUCUGACAUAGUGAAAUUAACAGCCAGCAAGGAUGGCUUGAACAUGGAUAUGGAUAAUCUAAAACGCUUUCAUAACGAAAUAUCUGACUUAUUAAUGCUUAAUUCGGAAAAUGAAUUUCCUAAUGAAGACCAUGAAUAUUUUGAUAGUAUUUGUGAUAAUUACUUGGACUGUUGUGCAGAUGUUAAGACAAAAAUUAACGAUUUAACACAAGAAAGAUUUGAAAUGCUGACACAAAGAUCUCACAAAUCUAGUACAAAGAGCUCUAUCUCUAAAUUAUCCAAAGUCUCUUCAAUAUCAUCGAGACAAGCUGCAGCAAAUGCCGCAGGACUUAAGCAAAGGAUGACUAGCCUGAUAAGGCAGCAAGAAUUGGAGAGAAAGAAAGAAGAAUUACAACUUCUUCAAAGAGAGUUGGAACGACAAGGAGAGCAAGAAAGGCUACAAGGUGAGAUUAAUGCUGUUGUAGCAAUACAUGAUUCAUUUGUAGAAGACACAAAGUUACCUUGCAACAAUUAUCCUAGUAUACCCCCAGGCUAUCCACAAUCACCCAAGUAUAUCCCCACCUAUCCACGAUCACCCAAGUAUACCCCCACCUAUCCACGAUCACUCAAGUAUACCCCACCUAUCCACGAUCACCCAAGUAUACCCCCACCCAACCACGAUCACCCAAGUAUAUCCCCACCUAUCCACGAUCACCCAAGUAUAUCCCCACCUAUCCACGAUCACCCAAGUAUAUCCCCACCUAUCCACGAUCAUCCAAGUAUACCCCCACCUUUCCACGAUCACCCAAGUAUACCCCCAUCUAACCAUGAUCACCCGAGUACACAUACCCAUAAUUAUCAAG